GUGAGCAUCACUUCACAGACGCACUUCAGCUCUCCAUAUCUCUCUACAAACAGAAGAUCGUCCAGGUUAAUGAUGAGUAGCGCGUCCUUGAUCGGCUUCUCCUCCUCGUCGCUGUCUCUGGGCGGCGGCACUAAGCGCAUCUCCGGUGUGCGCGCUCCCAGUGUGUACGGCGGCGCAGAUGGACGCAGCGUCCGCGUGUCCUCUUAUCAACAGUAUGCGUCCCACGGCAACCUGCUCACAGCUUUCAACACGGAUGGAGUGUCGUACAGUGAGAAGCACACCAUGCAGAACCUGAAUGACCGACUGGCCUCGUACCUGGAGAAGGUGCGCUCUCUGGAGAAGGCCAACACGCAGCUCGAGCUGAAGAUCCGCGAGUGGUACGAAAAGCGCGCUCCCGUCACCCACGACUACAGCAAGUACCUGGCCAUCAUCAGCGACCUGCGCGAGAAGAUCAAGGUCGCCACCAUGGGCAAUGCCAAGAUCAUCCUGCAGAUCGACAACGCCAAGCUGGCUGCAGAGGACUUCAAACUCAAGUAUGAGAAUGAGCUGAUGCUGCAUCAGUCUGUGGAGGGCGAUAUCUCCGGGCUGCGCCGCGUCCUGGAUGACCUCACCAUGACCCGCUCGGACCUGGAGAUGAAUAUUGAAGGCCUCAAGGAGGAGCGGGUCUACCUGAAGAAGAACCAUGAAGAGGAGCUGGCGGCUAUGCGCGCUCAUCUGGCCAGCAGCAGUGUGAACGUGGAGGUGGACGCUGCUCCUCAGGAGGACCUGAGUCGUAUCCUCAGUGAGAUCCGCGCACAGUACGAAGGCAUCAGCGAGAAGAACCGCCGUGAGAUGGAGGCCUGGUACAAGGUCAAGUUUGAUGAGGUGAACAAACAGGUGAAGAUGAGCACUGAGUCCGUGGAAAUACACCGCAGUGAAAUCAAUGACCUGAAGAGAACUCUGCAGGCGCUGCAAAUCGAGCUGCAGUCUCAGCUUAGCCUGAAAUCAGCUCUGGAAGGCACACUGCUGGACACAGAGAACCGCUACAGUAUCCAGCUCAGCCAGCUGCAGGUGAUAAUCAACAAGCUGGAGGCGGAGCUUUCAGAGAUGCGCUUGGACAUCGAGAGGCAGGCGAACGAAUACAAGGUGCUGCUGGACAUCAAGACCAGACUGGAGCUGGAGAUUGCAGAGUACAGACGACUGCUGGACGGAGAGGACGUCAAGAAAACCACAGUGGUCGAGAUUCAGAAAAUUCCACCAAAAGCUGAGCCUGUGGUGACCAAGCGAGUGCGCACUGUGGUUGAGGAAGUGAUCGAUGGCAAGGUCGUGUCCCGCACCGAGGAUGUGGACGUCGAGGUCCUGAAAAAACAUUAGGACAAACACACACACACUGACACACACACACACAGUGCUACGACCGUGUAACAGUCAUGUUUAAUAAACAGUGAAAAGUCAUUCCUCUGUGUAGAUGAUCCAUAUCUGUAAAUGUAGAUGAAAAUAAAGUUUGUCAGCUUCACAUGA